AUACGUGCUUGAAGGCUUGUCGGGUGCCGAGAAGAUGGCGGCUCCGAGAGGUGUGCUGUGCGCCGGGAUGCAGGCGAGCGUGGGGUAUUCCCACUUUCCUGUGUAGUGCAGCAGUAUGCCUGGGGGAAGAUGGGUUCUAACAGUGAAGUGGCUCGGCUGCUGGCCAGCAGUGACCCCCUGGCCAGGAUUUCAGAGGACAAGCCAUAUGCAGAGCUGUGGAUGGGGACCCACCCCCGGGGAGAUGCCAAGAUUCUUGACAACCGCGUCUCACAAAAAACGCUAGGCCAAUGGAUUGCUGAGAACCAGGACUGCUUGGGCUCCAAGGUCAAGGACACCUUUAACGGCAAGCUGCCCUUCCUCUUCAAAGUGCUCUCAGUUGAAACGGCCCUGUCCAUCCAGGCACACCCUAACAAGGAGCUGGCAGAAAAGCUGCACCUCCAGGCUCCACAGCACUACUCCGAUGCCAACCAUAAGCCAGAGAUGGCUAUUGCCCUCACCUCCUUCCAGGGCUUAUGUGGCUUCCGGCCCAUUGAGGAGAUUGUGACCUUUCUGACAAAAGUGCCCGAGUUCCAUUUCCUAAUUGGAGAUAAUGCAGCAACACAGCUAAAGCAGAGCCUGAACCGUGACUCCCAGGCCGUGGCCUCUGCUCUGCAGAGCUGUUUCUCCCACCUGAUGAAGAGUGAGAAGAAGGUGGUGGUGGAGCAGCUCAACCUGUUGGUAAAGCGGAUCUCCCAGCAAGUGGCUGCUGGGAACAAUGUGGAGGACGUCUGUGGGGGCCUCCUGCUGCAGCUGCACCGGCAGUACCCAGGUGAUAUCGGAUGCUUUGCCAUCUACUUCCUGAACCUGCUCACCCUGAAGCCGGGGGAGGCCAUGUUUCUGGAAGCCAAUGUGCCCCAUGCCUACCUGAGCGGAGACUGCGUGGAGUGCAUGGCGUGUUCAGACAACACGGUACGUGCUGGCCUGACACCCAAGUUCAUUGAUGUGCCAACUCUGUGUGAAAUGCUCAGCUACACCCCCAGCCCCAGCAAGGACAGGCUCUUUCCUCCAACAAGGAGUCAGGAAGACCCCUACCUCUCUAUCUAUGACCCGCCUGUACCAGAUUUCACUGUUAUGAAAAUGGAGGUCCCUGGCUCUGUCCCUGAGUAUGAGGUCGUGGCACUGGACUCUGCCAGCAUCCUCCUGAUGGUGCAGGGUACAGUGACAGCCAGCUCUCCCACGGCCCAGGGGGCAAUCCCCCUGCAGCGUGGCGGGGUGCUCUUCAUGGGGGCCAACGAGAGCGUCUCACUGAAGCUCACGGUGCCUGAGGACCUGCUGGUGUUCCGUGCCUGCUGCCUGCUGUAGAGGCCACAGCCAUCUCCUGCCGUCCCCCGAGAUCCUGGCUAGCCUGCCCUCCUCAGAUCCAGCCCAGAUGCCUUCCCUGCUCUGGAAGCUCAGGGUACGCCUUAGAAGAGCGGGUGGAGUAGUGAGCUGGAAGGCCAGUGAGCAGGCCUAGGCUGACCCAUCUCCUUCCCGGGAGGGGCCCAUAUCAAGACCAAGGGCUGACAUUCCCCUUGUAUUCUCAGCACACCUGAGCCACACUCAAUG